CAUCGUAUCACCUUUUCAUCUUCUUCAAUAGUUAUAUAAAAAAUGUUCAAUUAAAAAAUAUACAAAAGAAGAGAAGGGAACUUGACUUGCAUGGUGGAGUUGUAUAAAUAUAGCAGAGAGAUUCCAAUUCCAUUACCAGUCAUCUGAUAUCUUCCUUCUCUUCUUCUUUAACUUUUUAUUUCUUUGCUUUCUAAGAAUAACAAUUUCUAAAGAUAAUUACCUCUAACGAGAGACAUUAACAAUAACAACAAGAAAUUAACAAAAGAAAAACACAAACCUGAGUUUUCCUGUUUCUCUGGCUCUGUUCUUUCUCCAUCUCCUCUCGGAGAUGUUACUCUGUUUCCCUGUUUUUUGUUUUCUGGGAUAGAUUUUAUAUGAAGCUUUGAGGUUUUUUUUGUCUAGUUUAUUCAAAGCUUCUUACAAAGAAUCCCAAAAGACGAAAAUUUUCUCGACGCUAUGGCUGUUGAAGAGAUGGAGAAGAGGAUCAAAGGAAGCCAUGAGACGGAGCUACAGAAAAACGACUUAUGUAUUGAAGAUCCAUCUCCAAGAUGUGUGCUUGAAAUCCCGGCAAUUAGCUCAGACUCCGAUAACAGCAGCAGCUGUAGCUCGUGUUCGCCUGAUAAAUCAACGUCGCCGUUGUCGACGACCCCAACGAACGUUUCGUCUUUUCAUCAAUGGAACAAGAUGAUCGAAUCCAUCAAGAAGAAAUCAAUCAGGAGAUUCUCAGUCAUCCCUCUCCUCGCUACCUACGAGCUCACCCGUAAGAACAUGCGGCGGAAACAGCCCAAACUAUGUCCUUCGUCGGAAAACGAAUUCGACUGUAAUCAAAUCCUCGUCGCUAAACCUUCCUGGCGUAAUUUCACCUUCGACGAGCUCGUUGCCGCCACCGACAACUUUAAUCCCGAGAACAUGAUUGGGAAAGGAGGGCAUGCGGAGGUAUACAAAGGUGUUUUGCCGGACGGAGAGACUGUAGCAAUCAAGAAGCUAACGAAACACGCCAAGGAAGUAGAAGAAAGAGCCAGUGAUUUCUUAUCGGAGCUUGGGAUAAUCGCACACGUCAACCACCCGAACGCAGCUAGGCUUCGUGGUUUCAGCAGCGAUCGCGGUUUGCAUUUUGUGCUUGAGUACUCUCCCCAUGGCAGUCUCGCUUCUCUACUCUUUGGAUCUGAGGAGUGUUUGGAUUGGAAGAAACGGUACAAAGUGGCUUUGGGUAUAGCUGAUGGUUUGAGUUAUCUUCAUAAUGAUUGCCCUCGACGGAUUAUUCACCGUGAUAUCAAAGCUUCUAACAUCUUGCUCAGUCAAGACUACGAAGCUCAGAUUUCAGAUUUUGGACUAGCUAAGUGGCUCCCAGAGAAUUGGCCUCAUCACAUUGUUUUCCCAAUCGAAGGCACAUUUGGAUAUCUAGCUCCAGAGUACUUUAUGCACGGGAUUGUUGAUGAGAAGACAGAUGUGUUUGCGUUUGGUGUAUUGCUUUUAGAGAUCAUAACUGGUCGUCGAGCUGUUGAUACUGCUAGCCGGCAAAGCAUAGUUAUGUGGGCAAAACCUCUUUUAGAGAAGAACAACAUGGAAGAAAUAGUUGAUCCUCAGCUCAGAAAUGACUUUGAUAAGACUGAGAUGAAACGAGUGAUGCAAACAGCUUCGAUGUGCAUACACCAUGUAUCCACUAUGCGUCCUGACAUGAACCGGUUGGUGCAGCUGUUGCGUGGAAAUGACCGCUUAGCUGAGCUGCAACAAAAAACAGGCGGAGCAAGAACAGUGAGUCUCGACUUAGAUCACACCUCUUCCUCUUACCUUAAUGAUCUCACUCGGCAUAGACAACUCUUGAUGGAGUAAUCAAUCUGAUGAAGUCAAUUACACAAAAGGAAAAGAGAAACCUUUAGACUCAUCUCCAAUAGAAACGAAACAAUAACAAAAUGUUUUUUUUUUCUUUUAUCAUGCCUGUGAUUCUGCUUUAUCUUCUCCAUUGUAAAAAUCUCCAAAGGAGGGAAAGUAUUGUAUGUAUAAUUUGGCUUUUGUCUUCAAAUUGUGGUUGUCUCUAUGUUUUUCUUGUAAAA